CUACUGUCUGAUGGCCCCUCCCCCCUCCGGCAACAUGGCGGACACAAUGAGAGCGCCAAUACCGCGCCGAGCCUGAGCCGCCCCGACCGCAGGAGAGAGCCGACCGGGCCACCCUCCGGGAUACCUACCGCACCCCCGUCCUAGUAUUACCCGCCGGCCCCCAGGCCCGCACCCCCUCUUCCACCACGGCCGCCAUGAAGCUCACCGAUAAUGUGCUGCGCAGUUUCCGCGUGGCCAAGGUCUUCCGGGAAAAUUCCGACAAGAUCAACUGCUUCGACUUCAGUCCCAGUGGGGAGACGGUGAUCUCCAGCAGCGACGACGACUCCAUCGUACUCUACGAUUGUCAGGAGGGCAAACCGAAGCGGACGUUGUACAGUAAGAAGUACGGAGUGGACCUCAUCAGAUACACGCACGCGGCCAACACGGUGGUGUACAGCUCCAACAAAAUAGACGAUACAAUCCGGUAUCUCUCCCUACACGAUAAUAAAUAUAUCCGUUAUUUUCCGGGUCACAGCAAGAGGGUGGUGGCGUUGUCGAUGUCCCCGGUGGACGACGCUUUUAUCUCCGGCUCGCUAGACAAGACAAUCCGAUUAUGGGACCUUCGUUCUCCUAACUGCCAGGGUCUGAUGCACCUCCAGGGGAAACCCGUCUGCUCCUUUGACCCCGAGGGUCUCAUCUUCGCGGCCGGCGUGAACUCGGAGAUGGUGAAGUUGUACGAUCUCCGAUCCUUCGAUAAGGGCCCUUUUGCGACCUUCAAAAUGAGCUACGACCGCACCUGUGAGUGGACGUCCCUCAAGUUCAGCAACGACGGCAAAUUAAUUCUCAUCUGCACCAACGGCGGCUUCCUGCGGCUGAUCGACGCGUUUAAAGGGGCGGUCCUGCACACGUUCGUGGGAUACAACAACACCAAAGCCGUCACGCUGGAGGCCUCGUUCACUCCGGAUUCUCAGUUCAUUAUGAUCG